AUGCUGCCGCGUAAGAGAGUUGUUCGUGCUCAGGCCGCUAGUGCUCCUCGAGAGGGUGGAGAUGAGCAUGUACCACCAUCAGUUCUACCGAUUGAUCAGGAUGCCCUUAUGCAGAUGGUGCAGGAUGCUGCUAGACAGGCCGCACAGGAGGCAGUCCAGGAAGCUGUCCAGGAGGCUGCUAGAGUAGCUGCACAGGAAGUGGUUAGGCAGAUGGCUGCAGCUCAGCAGGGUCAGCAGGUUCUGCCAGUUCAGGCUCAGGGGCAUCAGCAGCCCCUUAUUCAGCCGGUUCCACCAGUUCAGGUUCAGGGACAGCAGCAACCCCCUAUCCAGCAUGUUCCACGGAUUUUCCAGGUUCCACCACCAGCGCCACGUGUUCUUCCAGGGCAGGUUCCUGAGGUUGAUGAGAUGCUUAUGCGGGUAAUGAGACAGAUGAAAACUGUAGAGUUGUAUCUGCGUGGAGAUGCAUUGGUAUGGUGGGAUGGAGUGCGAUCGAUGCGUGAUGGCGACAUGACUUAUGAGGAUUUCCUCAUUGCAUUCGACAAGAAGUACUUUCCCAGAGAAGCGUUGCACCAGAAGAGGAAUGCUUUUGAGCAUCUGAGGCAGGGUACUAGGAGUGUCAGGGAGUACGAGCGAGAGUUUUGCCAGCUCCGCUUGUUUGCUGGUAAUCAUUUUGAUGGAGAGGACUUGAUCAGGAGGUUCUUAGAUGGUAUGCGAGUCGAUCUCCGCGGCAGGUGCAGUAUGGUUACUUACACCAGUUUGGAGGAUCUGCUAGAGAAGGCUGUUGGGCAGGAGGCAUGUAUUGCAGAGGAGCAAAAGUACUCUAAGGCUCCACCUAAGACUGGAAGGACUUCAGAGCCACAAAAGAGAACAUGGGAACAGUUGGGAGCACCUAGUUGCGACAAGUGUCGUCGCCAUCAUUUUGGAGAGUGCAUCACGUGCUUCAACUGUGGGAAGAUGGGACAUAAAGGUAGGGAUUGUCGGAGUAGGCCAUUUGGUGCGCGGGGAAUAACACCAGCAGCAUCAGCAGCACCAGUAGCGCAGGCAGCACCAGUAGCACAGGGAGCGCUGGCACCACCAGCUGCAGCAUACGCACCAGGAGCUUGCUUCACUUGUGGCCAGUUUGGCCAUAUCUCCAGGUUUUGCCCGACUAAAGGGCCUGGGGCCAAGCGUCAAGCCAUCACUCCGCGUGUUUAUGCUCUAGGAGAGGCCAAUGGAGCUGAGCCGAUAGCCGGAUCGGUUUCUGUUGGAGGUGAGGUAGCUCACACUCUAUUCGACACAGGAGCUUCUCACAGCUUCGUGAGUUCGCAUUUGGCUAAGUCUUGGCCUUUUCGAGGUGUCUUUGAGCCGAAGGUUAAGCAGAUUCGGACGGCCGGUACUGAGAAAUUGGGAACCAGCGUUCACCGAGAUGUACCAGUCCUACUGGGAGGAGUCGACUUCAUAGGAGACCUAGCAGAGAUGGAGAUGGAUUACUACGAUGUCAUACUUGGGAUGGAUUGGUUGUCCCAACAUCGAGUGGUGAUAGAUUGCAUGCGAGCGAAAGUUAAUAUUCCUAGAGGAGAUGGGAAGAUCACAGUCCAGUGUCUCCAGGCUUACCGUGGGAUUUCUGUUAUUUCCAUGUUGCAUGCUGAGUACUUAUUGGAGAGAGGAGCAGAAGGAUUUCUGGCGACUAUUUCGAUGGUUAAGGAAGAUGGACCUCCUGAGUUAGAAGAUAUUCCAGUGGCUGCAGAAUUUCAGGAUGUAUUUGAAGCCUUAAAGGGGCCACCACCAGCCAGAGGAGAUGUUCUCUAUAUUGAGUUAGAACCAGGAACAACACCGGUUUCGCGGGCUCCAUACCGUUUAGCACCAGCAGAGAUGGCUGAACUGAAGAUGCAGUUGGAGGAGUUAUUGAGUAAGGUUUUCAUCAGACCUAGUACUUCACCGUGGGGAGCGCCAGUAUUGUUUGUGAAGAAGAAAAAUGGGAGUUUCAGACUUUGUAUCGACUACAGAGGUUUGAACAAGGUGACCAUCAAGAAUAAGUACCCGCUUCCCCGUAUCGAUGAGUUAUUGGAUCAGUUGCAGGGAGCUUCAUGGUUUUCAAAAAUUUACUUGGCAUCGGGUUACCACCAGAUUGCGAUAGCUGAUGAGGAUGUGCGGAAGACUGCUUUCCGUACCCGUUAUGGACAUUAUGAGUUUGUGGUGAUGCCAUUUGGGUUGACGAAUGCACCUGCAGCAUUCAUGAAGCUUAUGAAUGAUGUGUUUCGCGAGCAUUUGGAUAAGUGUGUGAUUGUUUUCAUCGACGAUAUCUUGAUCUAUUCUCGGAGUAGAGAGGAGCAUGCAGAGCAUCUGCGGAUUGUGUUGGAUAAGCUCAGGGAGCAUCAGCUGUUUGCCAAGCUGGGUAAGUGUAGCUUCUGGCAGAGGAAGAUUGGAUUUUUGGGUCACGUGAUUUCAGAGGCAGGGGUUGCAGUAGAUCCAGAAAAUAUUACUGCAAUAUCGGAGUGGCCUACACCUAAGACCGCCAUCGAGAUUCGUGGCUUUCUGGGUUUAGCAGGAUACUACAUAAAGUUUGUGAAAGAUUUUGCUAGUAUCGCGAAACCGAUGACACGAUUAACAGGCAAAGACACCAAGUUUGAUUGGACGGAUGCUUUUAUGGAGAGCUUUACUGAGCUGAAACGGAAGUUGACAGAUACGCCAGUGUUGGUACUACCUAGGCCAGGGGUACCGUAUGAGGUUUAUACAGAUGCGUCAGGUACUGGUUUGGAUUGUGUAUUGAUGCAGGAUGGUCAUGUUAUUGCUUACGCAUCACGUCAGUUGAGGCCUCACGAGGUCAACUACCCUACUCAUGAUUUGGAGUUAGCAGCAGUUGUUUUUGCGCUAAAGAUUUGGAGGUCAUAUUUGUAUGGAGAGAAAGUUCAGAUCCGCAUAGACCACCAGAGUCUGAAGUACAUAUUUACUCAGGCGGACCUAAAUCUGAGACAGCGCAGAUGGAUGGAGUUGUUAGCAGACUACAACCUGGAUAUUACGUAUCACCCAGAUAAGGCCAAUCUGGUGGCAGAUGCCUUGAGUAGAUGCAGGAACGAUGUUUCAGGAACCAAGGAGGUUCAGGAGCUGUCUGGGACACUUGCUAGUCUCAGAUUGUGUGCAGUUACCGCAGAGGGAGAGACUGUUGGUCUUGAAGCAUUGGAGCAGGCUGAUUUAUUAUGGAGGAUACGCAGAGCUCAGGAUAGUGAUGAUGCUCUGGUUAAGCAAAUUGAGAUCGAGAGUAUUGGAUAUCAUAUAGCUUUGAGCGGGAUGUACAUGUAUCGGAACCGAGUCUGUGUGCCAGAGGACAAGCUGUUAAGGAGGAGAUUUUACAGCAAGCACAUAAUUCGCGUUUUUCGAUCCACCCGGGAAAUACCAAGAUGUACAGAGAUUUGAAGCGCUACUACCACUGGCCUGGUAUGAAGAAAGAUGUGGCUACAUUUGUAUCGCAGUGUCAUACAUGUCAGA